AUGCCUCACAGCGUCAAGCAGGACUCGUCGAACAAGCAGCACACGGUCGCCAGCUACAGCAACACGGCCGGCGCCGCCAACAACAUGGCCGGCUUUGCCAGCCAACUGGACGCGAUGCAGGCCAAGACCAUGAUGCAGGUCUGGCACGAGGAGCGGAACCCGUCUAACCUCACCUUUAGCGAGUGCACGCAGCUCCGGGGUGAGGUGAGGUCUGGUGGCGGUGGAGGUAGCAAGAAGAACGGCUCUAGGUUGGUGGGACUCUUCUCUGUGUGGCUCCCAAGACUCGAGGCACUGACGAACAAUCCGUGUGGAACCACGCACAGGCGCAAGUGAGGGUUGGAAAUAACCAACGGCCAUCACUUUCUUCUUCCUUUUCUUUUAUCUUGGCACGGGACUCCUAUGGGUGGCAGCGAUGGUUUGGGUGGUAUGUUUUCAAUUUUGCAGGGAUGCUAUUUUCGGAGGAGGCUAUUUCACUGGGAG